AUGGAACAAUACACUUGGCUUGAAUUUUGUGUUAAACCUUCCCUAAUCAAAGAAUACGUAAAUCACUUUUUCUAAUUAGAUGAAAGCUUAAGAUUUACCUAAUCAAAGAGCUCUCUUCCAAACAUAUUUAGAUCAUUUAUAAUCUGUAUGUUUAGAGGAUUCAAAGUUUUAAGGAAAGAAAUUUAAAAAACUUCUAUAAGUUGUAUAUCAAAUUAAUGAAAUCUAUACACCCAUACUUAGUGAUUUUUCUAAAAAGAAUCUUCAAUUUGAACUUGUCCAGCAUUACUUCAAAGGAGCUCAAUAAACAGAAUACUAUAAAUUAUUAUUUUCAGCAUAUACUCUUGAAUAUUUAACAGAAUAUAUUUUACACAAAGAAAUAACUCCAGAAAGAUUGAAUUCUAUGAUCAAUCUCUAAGAUUUGGAAUCUAUUUUAUCAAACUCUACAGAACCAAUUGCAAUUCUUAAUAUUUAAAGAUUAAUUGAAUUCUAUAUGUUAUAAGAAGAACAUAACAUUGAAAAUCUAUUUUAUAUUCAUGAUAAAUUACAAAAGACUUUGACUGAAUUCCCAGUUGGUUAUUCAAGUGAAAAAAUUGAAGACUACAAAUAUAUUAUUUUAUAAAGUAAAGAUGAAUUAUCACCUGUUACUGAUUCUGAUGAAUCAUAAGAAUAAUAGAUUGUAUAAAGAUAAACUAAAACUGCUACAAGAUCCUUUAUAGAAAAAGAAAUUCUGGAUGGACCAAGCAGUACUAGAAUUAUAGUAAUUUAUUUAUAAAAUGGAAUAUCUACAAAUAAUAGAGAAUUACUAUUAUAAUUGCAAAGAAUAGUUAAUGGAGCUGAUCCUUUGGUUGAUAAAUUAAUUACUAUUUUCUUGAAAAAUUCUCAAAUUGUUGAAAUAGAUUAAUUGAUAAGAUAAUUAGAAAUUGCUGCUAUUUCAGAAAUCAAUAUCAUAAGUAUUUUAGCUUAAUUGAUUUGUAAAUUUUCUAAUGGAAAUAAGGAUGUAACUAAAGUACUUAUCAAUCUAAUCAAUAAAUUUUAUAAGACCUUAUAAGAUCAAACAAGAACUAUAUAAGAUUAAGUUAAAAGUAUUUAAGAAUUUGUAGAUAUUAUUUAAAAAUCACCUAUAUCUAUGCCUUUUAAAAUUGAUUAAUAUAAUUAAAAUGUCUAAUUAGCUUUAUCAUUAAUUUUAAGUCAUUCAGAUAUAAAAUUAUUACUUGAACCAAUUUAAGAUUUAUUUACAAAUUGUUUGGAUAAUUUAACUUUUUUCAUUGAAAAUUGCUUAUCAAAAUUUAUAUUAGAGUAAAUUUAAGCUUUAAUUCUGAAAUCUAUUACAGAAUAUAAUCCACUUGAUUUUAAUAAUUAUUACUCUUUAAUGCCUAUAUUGAAUUAGGAUUUUCCAUCUUUUGAAAUAAAAUUACCACAUGAUGUUAAAGUUAAAUUAUUAAUCAAAUCUUUUAAAAGAGAGAAAAUUGUUACAAUACAAUAAUUUGAUUAAAGUCUAUUAGAAGAUAAAUUGUAAUUUAAAUAUUCCAAAUUAUACAAAAAGUAAUCCCUUUUUCAUUAUAAAAAUCAACAAUAUAAUAAAUCUAUCAGACAAAUUGUUAAAUACUUUGAAGCAUAUCUAUAUAGUCCUUAAUUUGAAGUACAUUAAUAUAUAGCAGAAAUUAGAGUUUUAGAAUGUCUUUUUUAAAACUUUAAAUCAAUAGGAGGUAUUAAUAUUAUUAAUUAAAUAGCAUCUACCCAUUCAUUAAUUGCUAGUCAAUUUAUUUGUUAUACUUUAGAGAAUGCAAUAUUUGAAAAUUUAGAUAUAUCAGAAGAAUUGGCUUAAUUCUUUUUUGAUGGAAGAAUGAUUGAAAAGAUUUGUGCAGCAAAUCGUCAUAAUUAACCAUUACUCAAAUUAAUGGUUUAAAGACUUUAAGAUCCAGAUUGUUAUGUAUUUAAGACUAAUAAUUUAUUAUUGUAAACACAAGAGAAAUACUUAUCCAUGUUUAUUAAUUAUUUAAGUGAAAAAAUGGUUAUAUGA